AUGAAACGGUUGGAAAGUACGGUAAGACGCCUUAAAAAAGACGAAGAACAAGGAGUGGCUUACGACAAACAAAUGGAAGAAAUGAAGGAGAUGAAGUUCUCAAGAAAGCUGUCUAAAGAAGAAAUUAAGAAUUACAAAGGCCCGGCCGGCGCCUGCUAUGGCCCAAACUGCGUUAAGAAAAACAGUAGUAUCACACUUGCAUGGAUUCAACGCCCUUCCCGCAGUUUCAAGCCGUUUGUCUCGGCAAGGGUCGGAGAGAUCCAGAAUAAUUCGGAUCCAAGUCAAUGGGAGCACAUUCCCGGUGAAGAAAACGUAGCGGAUGAUUUAUCGCGAGGAUUGCAUGGAAAGCAGCCAACGGGGAGAUGGGUGAACGACCCAGAAUUUCUGAAACUUCCAGAAGAACGAUGGCCAUUCCAAACAGCUACACUACAUCGAGAAGAAGAUAUGGAGCGUCGCCACGUCAACUCCGUCAGAGCAGCCUCACCUGCAGAUGUCGGAAAUGUUAUCAACGUGGAGAAUUUCUCUAGUUGGCGAGAACUGAUACGAGUCACCACUUGGAUAAGGCGGUUAGCCGAGAAGAUACACUUCAGGAAAAAUGCAACCAGUGGACGAGAAGGACCUCUCAUGCCCGAAGAGUUAAGGAAGGCUGAGAUGUCAUGGAUCAGAAAUGCCCAAAAGGAUUUGAAGAGUCGAAUGAGGAAUGGAGAGUUUAAGACCCUGAGCCCGUAUGUUGACGACAAGGGGAUUAUCAGGGUUGGAGGAAGAGUUGACAAAGCCCUCGUGUCAUACGAAGAAAAGCACCCAGUGCUGCUUCCCAAUGAACACAGGAUAUCCCUGCUGAUCACACGUCAUAUGCACAACCAUGGUCAUCCCGGAGUAGCGACAACAACUGGAAAAGUCAGACGAAAAUACUGGAUGUUGAAAGCGAACAAGCUCAGCAAGACAGUGAAAUUUAAAUGUGUCACUUGUCGAGAAAUGGCACACAAGGCAGAAACGCAAUUAAUGGCAGACCUUCCGGCUCUUCGCUCAGCUCCGCAAACGCCGCCCUUCUACUACUCCUCAUGCGAUUACUUUGGUCUAUAA